UUAGCCCGGAAGUAGUUUCAUCAUCUCGCCGAGACUUCCGGUGCCGCAGCGGCUGUUUCAAAAAAAUUUAUGUUUGGAAGUAUUUACAGCGUUUCCGCGAUUUUUUCUGAGCACGUUUAAGCAAAAAAAUAUGAUCGACGCGGAUGAAGUCGCCAAAUUGUGCUACAAGUGUUUCAACCAGCUGCCCAAGAGAGGGAAGCCCGAGGCGGGCAGAGAGUGGACCCUGCUGGCCGCUGUCGUCAAAGUCCACCCGGGUCGCAGCUCUGACGCAGCUGAGAUGGAGGUUGUUUCCAUGGGAACCGGGACCAAAUGCAUCGGUCAGGCAGCCAUGAGUCCUAGAGGCGAUGUUCUCAAUGACAGCCAUGCGGAGGUUAUAGCUAGAAGAGGCUGCGUCCGGUAUCUGAUGGAGGAGCUCCAUAAGGCUGUCGGCGGUCGGGGCAGCGCUUUGUUUCGUCCGUCCGAUCGGCGAGGAAGGUGGAAGCUUCAGCCGGGAGUUUCCUUUGUUUUCUUCACCAGUCACACUCCCUGUGGCGAUGCCUCCAUCAUCCCUGUGACUGACAGCCUCCAGCCCGGCCAGGCUCAACCGUGCCAUCCCGUCACUCCUGUGGACAGCCGAGGCGAGACGGACGCAGGAAGUUCCCUGAAAAGAAAAGCAGAGGAACCAAACGAAGGACGAAACUCAAAGCUUCCCCAUUUGGAGGAACAGGAGACAAAAGACGGAGGCUCAGAAAACCCAGAUGACCGGAAUUCACACGUUAGUGGCCCAAAAGCGCCCCACGAAGCUGAACCUCCAUCGCUGCAGACUGACAGCGCAGAGGAACGCCCUCAAAUCCCAGAUGUCCUCAGAACGGGGGCCAAGUGUGUCCCAGGGGGGCCGGCUGAUCCCCGGCUCUCGGGCCCGGGAUACCACAGCGCUGGACUGCUGCGUGUGAAGCCGGGAAGAGGAGAACCUACCAUGUCCCUCUCCUGCAGUGACAAACUGUGCCGCUGGGGGGUGCUAGGCUUCCAGGGAGCGCUGCUGUCCCACUAUCUGGAGGAGGCUCUCUACUUCAGCGCAGUGGUGGUGGGGAAGUGUCCGUACAGCGCACGAGCUAUGCGCCGAGCCGUGAUCGACAGGUGUUCCCACGUAUCAGAACUCCCAUCUGGGUUUUCUUUAUGUUCCCCUGUUCUGCUGCAGUCCAGCCUGGAGUUCCCCUUCAGCCAGAACCAGGCCCGGCUUCAACACCGACCCGGACAGGGACGCGUCUCCCCCUGUGGAGCAGCCAUCAGCUGGUGUAAUGUGACUGAGCAGCCUCUAGAUGUCACUGCCAACGGCUUCAAACACGGAGUCACCAAGAAGGCCCUGAACACACCGGCAGCCAGGUCUCGUCUGUGUAAGCUGGAGCUUUUUCAUUCUUUCCUGACUCUGGUGAAAACCACCGACCCCUCAUCGCUGCCCGACCCCCUCAGGACGGCGGAGCUGAAAACCUACUGGGACUACAAGCAGGCGUCCCAGCCGUACCAGCAGGCUUGGCAGCAGCUGUGCUGUCAGGUUUUCCCUCUGUGGCCUCGCACUGACAGAUCUCUUCUACUUUUCCAAUGAAAAUGAAUCUCUCAACAGUAAAAAAAAAAAAAAUAAGAAACCGUCUUUGAGAAAGUCAUAAAUCCGCUUUAUCUCCUGAUCAACCUAAAGAUGUUUAUCUUCCCGGAAGCCUCCUUCUUUGUUUCGUCAGACUUUAAGUAAAGCGACUCUUCCUGUUGGCUUUCGUGUGUGUUUCUGGCUGUUAGAUCAGCUGUGCUGGAGCCCCCAGCGUCUCCACAGCAGGACUCCCCGCUCUGAUGUUCAGCUGAUGACCUCCAUCUCUGCAGACGAAGGCCUUAUGUUCGCGCCGCGUGGUAUUCCUCCAGCUGCAAACUAACCCAAAAAACCCCACAUCUGUCUACCUGAGCAGAGCAUGCAGGCAGAUAUGACAUAAACCUAAUUCUAACUUCACUUUACAGUUUUAUUUAAACAUAAACCGGAAAAUAAAUUAUCUUAAGCCACG